AACAAAUUCAGAACAUGUGGAUAUCGACAUUAUUGAUAAACACCGCGAACAGAUGAUCUUUAUCAAUGUAUUGACAUAUGGGCACAUCUUCAUUGUCAUCUAUUCAACAUCAUCGUUUCUAUAAAACGCCUGUAAAGUUUAUGCACAUGCGCUUUGUAUCAUUUAUACACAAAUUCCAAAUACUUGUUGAAAAACUAUAAGAGAUGAUAAUUGAUAAGCCUGUAAGACAAAUGAGCCAGACUUAUCUGAAACAGGCUUAGAUGACACUCAAAAGCAACGGUUAAGACAAGUAAUUCAAGCUUUUCCUGAUGUCUUCGGUGACAAGACGGGUCGAACAGGAAAAGUAAAACACGAAAUAAAACUAUUACCGGGCUCUCAACCGUGUAAUUUACUACCAUAUCGAUACGCCCCUGCUCGAUGCCAAAUUAUCGAAGAAAAUGUCAGGGAAAUGUGCGAACAAGGAGUUAUAGUGCCUUCAUGUAGCCCAUCGGCCUCUCCAGUAGUCCUUGCGCCAAAGAAAGAUGGAACUCUACGUUUCUGUGUUGACUACCGAAGAUUGAAUUCGAUGACUAUCCGCGAUGCUUACCCAAUACCAAGAAUUGAUGACACGCUUGAUUCGUUACAAGAAGCAAAAUUUAUUUCAACUCUAGAUUUACGAACAGGCUAUUCGCAAGUCGAGAUAGAUGAGAGAUCACGCGAAAAGACAGCAUUCAUUACGCAUAAAGGGCUAUAUGUAUUUCAAGUUAUGCCAUACGGAUUAACGAAUGCUCCAGCAACGUUCCAAAGAUUCAUGGAUAGAGUUCUAGCUGGUCUGAAAUGGCAAUGCUGUCUUGUCUAUAUUGAUGAUGUAAUUAUCCAUACUUCAACCCUUGAUCAACAUCUCAAAGACCUUACAAAAAAGCUAACAACAGCCCCAAUAAUGAAUACACCUAAUUUCGAAAAACCGUUCAUACUUGAACUUGAUGCAUGUGAAUAUGGUUUCGGCGCGGUACUUACUCAAGAAUAUGAUACCAAAAAAUAUGUUAUUGUUUAUGCUAGUCGAACACUAGCGGAAAGAAAGUAUGAUGCUACAGAACGCGAAGCUCUCGCAAUCGUGUGGGCCACAAAGCAUUUUCGGGUGUAUAUUGAAGGGAGCAAAGUGCUUAUUCGGUCAGACUAUGUGUAUAACUAUGUUGCCUCUUGCGAAGCUUGCCAACAAUUUAAAUACAAUACGGCACCGAUGGCAAAUCCAACGCAAUCACACAUUGUGAAUGGGCCGUGGCACACUAUUGGUAUCGACAUAAUGAGACCGUUUCCUAACACAUCACGACAAAAACGAUUUCUACUAGUCAUAGUCGAUUACUUUACCCGGUGGGUAGAACUAUUUCCAUUACGCACCACAACCUCAAUCGAUGUUGCACAAAUACUUAUAAAUGAAGUCUUUUCGCGGUUUGGCUUUCCAGCAUAUAUUUUAUCAGACAAUGGUCCACAAUUUGUAUCCAAUAUUUUUCGAAGUUUCUGCGAGUUAAUUGGAAUUAAACAAAAGUUCACGGCCAACUACGAUCCACAAAGUAAUAUGACGGAGAGAGUCAAUCGAACGUUGAAACCAAUGUUGGCAAUUUUCGCACAAAAUCAUCCUCAUUCAUGGGACAAAGAAGUGCAAAAGUUAGCCUUUGCUCUUCGAACUUCUGUAAAUGAAACAACUGGCGAAACGCCAGCAUUUAUGAUAUUUGGAUGA